AUGAAGAGAGGAAGGCACCGGUUUUUGGGUGUUUUUGGUCAUGUCACAUUCGAGUUGUAUCAUGUUUGGAAAUCGAUUGUCCUCCUGAGGCCCAGUCGAAUCCCUGGCGCAGGGCCUGAGUGGCUCAAUGCGACGCCGAUCUUCGUCACCACUGUGAAGAGUGAUCAGGUGCAGGGCAAGAUCAUUGAGUGCGAAGUGGACCUUCGGAAGACGCCUUUGGUACCACUCUCACAGGUGUACUUUAGUGUCAAAGCGCGCUAUUUGAGUUUGCCUUUGGAGACCAACUUCAGUGUGGAGCUUAGCCAAAGCAUGCCUGCUGUGGCUGUUCCUAGCACCGGAGCUGAUGCAAAAGAUGUGCAACAGAUGCCCUAA